UUUGGUUUUGUUGGGUAUUGUUACUUGUCCACUUGGAAAUUGUUAUAUCAGAGCAUGGGUUUUCUCAUCAAUUGAAGAUAGAAUUGGCGACGGCUUCUCUGGUUUUUGGGAGCCGCCUUGUGUUGAUUGAUGGGAAUUUCGAGGAAAGAGAAAAAGAAAAAAAUUGGGAAGUUGGGUUUUUUUUUUGCUGGGUUCUUCUAUGUUGACUUUUGGUAAUAGCUUUUUUAUUUAGUCAAAAGAAGCGACCGGUGACUGGUCAAGUCCACAAAUGGGUUCUUGUAAUUAAUUGGUUGAUGGUUGCUUGUUAGGUGCCUGUUAAUUUAUAUUGGGUUUUUUUUCCUUUUCUCCUCUUCAAUUGAAUCGUUUUCCAAUUUGUGUUUUGACUUGGUGGGUAUUGUUUUGAUCAUCAACAACUUUGAUUAUUCGAUGCUGGUGGGUAUUGUAGAACUCUAAGGAGGAGAUGGAUAAUGGAAGAGUACACCCGAAUUGUGUUAAUGCUUCAAAUCCCUACCAUGAAUGUGGUGUUAGCUGUAUAGAGAAAAUUUCUCAAGGCAAGGGAAGAAAAGAUGUCAAAAAGACUGACAGUAGCAGAGGUAAAAAAGGUGAGCUUAGCAAGGGGAAGGAUGAGGAGAGAAGAGUGCGCUCGUCUUGCACCAGGGCAUCUAAUCCUUACCAUGAAUGUGAUGCCAAUUGCUCCAAAAGAACUGCUGGAUCUGAUACUCGGGGGAUUAAAAAUGAUUCAGGCUCCAAGAUUCUUGAGAUCUCAAGAACCUUUGGUAAGAAAAAGAAGGAAUCUGAAUCUAAUUCGAAUUCUCAUCACUCAUCAGAUGGCAGCCAUGAAUCAAGUGUGGGACACCCUGCAAAAGCUCCAUCACCUCCAUCACAUUCUCCUGCAAAGAAAAAUGUUGAAUCAGGGAAUUACGAGUCAUUUUCCUCGGCUGAGCAACGUGAUGGAGACAUCUAUUCUCGAGAACAAUCUUUUGACAAGGAGCAGAAUCAAGCUCCUGAAACAAUUCCUAUAUAUGCAAAUGGCACGCCUGAUCAUCAUAAAAGCUCUCCAAAAAAUAGUAUGAAUGGCAUUCUUGGUCAAACACCAAACAAGCUAGAGAAGGAUGAAAAAAAGCAUUAUGAUUCACCUGUGGUAAGCGACAUAGCUAGGAGCUUUAGUUUCUUAGGCCUUCUCCGCUCACAGGAGGACAGUGAUGACGAAGAAAUCCAAUCCGUGAUUUCCGAUUCCUGUGUCUCGGUUGGAAACUACCAUGUCAGAGCAGGUGUCUCUUCCAUCCUAGAAUCCAUCUUUGAUAAGUACGGAGACAUUGCUGCAGGCUGCCAAUUGGAAUCAGUUUCCAUGCGGGGUUAUUAUCUAGAAUGCUUGUGCUCUGUGGUUCAAGAGCUGAAAUCCAUUUCGUUUAACCAGUUAACCAAAUCUAAAGUUCGGGAAAUGCUUGCUGUUCUUAAUGAUGUAGAAUCUGCAAAAAUUGAAGUUGAAUGGCUUCGAGAUGUUCUCAAUGAACUCUUGUUAGCCACAGAACUCAACAGUCAGUGCCAAAUAAUGGAAUCAACAAAAGCAAACUGCAAACAUGAUUUGGAGUCAACCAAGAAGGAACUCGAAGAUCGGAUGGAAGAGUUGGCUCAGAAAGAGAAGGCGGUUGAGGAAGCUCGGGAAAGGGUCACAGAGACCAAAGCAAGCCUGAGGGAGCUUGAGCUCGAGUAUUCUCGGUUGAACAAGAGCAUUUUGACUUUCAAAUCCAAGGUUGAAAAAUUCCAUGGCAAGUCCCUUGUAGAUGAGCUCUUAUAAAUGAUAAAGCAUAAUAUAGUACUUAUAUAAGUUAUUGUACUUGAACUGAAUCAUUAAACUGAUGAGAGAAGCUGGCUUGAUAUGAAUUAUAAGGCUUAAAAGGGUCUUGAAAUAUUGCAGCAGCAA